CAUCGUGCGAACCCGUAAAGACGUUAAACAAAGAAUCUCUCGCGAACGCUCCCUUUACACGUUCGAUAUUCUUACACAAAAACGAUCGUGUAGGAUUUUUAAUAUUAAACGUUUCGAAUAAAUGAAAUAUUUGGAAUGGUACCAGAGUCCGAUGUCGCCAUUGAUCAGUGCGUGUCCGAUCGUCUUCUGUGAAGUUUUAAAACGGUUUCGUUGACUUGUCUGACAUUGUGCGCGAUGGAAAUGCAGAUGCAGUCAAGACGAAUUUUUUCGUGACUUAACUAACAAACAUUUUUCGUGAGAUCCUAUUGGACAAACGAGAGUAACGCCACCAUCGGUUUAUGCCGAAUGCCCAGCUACCAUCCAUUAUCUACGUUUCACAUUCUUUCGAGACUGAGAAACGCAGUAACUGAUCACGAGACCGUUUCCAAAUUGUAAUCUUAUCGUCCCUUAACGUCAUAGACAAACGGGGGUUGUGUAUUCGAUGGAAAACUUAAAAGUGUCAUGCUGAUUAAUCGUCAGCAUCGCGGGGAAUGUUAUUUUGCCCCGUGUACCACGUGUUCUCCUUGGUGCCAUGGAUGCAGUUAUGAUUCGACCUUUGCGGUGAUCACAUCGUUUGCCGAAUGAAACCGAAACUGUUCGUUUGGUUCGCAUAAUCGUUCCUUUUUUCCGUGUUACAUGCACGGUCCGAUAUUACAUGCAACACUGAACGGAUUUUCGUUGUUAGUUCUUCCUCCAAAAAGUGCGCCACAGUUCGUACUGUUCGCUUUAAAUUUUCGCGGUUAAACGUAACGGAAUUGGAACGUCGCCGAACAUAAGGUUCCCCACACGACGAAAGUCGUCGAUUGCGAGUGCAAGCGCGCGCGCGCGCCCUCGCGCGCCAUCCGUUACGUCCGACGAUAACGUGCUCUCUCGGGGAUCUAUGGAUCAUGUCCAGGUGGUUUCCUCACGAGGAGCGACGGCCGCGAAGAUCAAAGUUUACGCGAUUGUCACCGUCCGUGAUCGGGCUGACUCGAGAUAAACGGCGGCCGAUUUCGAUCGAAAUCAUCAUGUUCCCGAGCAGUUGAGCUCGCGACUCUGUUUUACGGACUAAACGAGCAUAAUCGCUCGCUCUGCCGGCGCCGGCCCGCCUUGAAGCCAGCCAGUUACGCAUUUUCGAAUUCAUUUGCUUUUUUUCUACACGGCGAGCGGUGCUUUGUGCGAUCAACACGAUACAACACGAUGGACGGCCUCGUCGAAAUUUUCCUGUUCUUCGGGAUCCUCUUCUACUUUUUCAACUUCAGAGCGAACACCAUGGUGGACGUAUUAUCAACGCGUCUGCAGGAGGUCUACGCGAAAUGGGAGAGUAGAACGGAAGUGAAAAGAAAUUCGGAAUCGAGCACCAAUCGUUACUCGGUCGGGGAGCUUCGCCGGACUGGACUGCAGUUGCACAGGCGAAAGAUACAGGAUAGAGAACAGGCGAGAAAAGUUCGGGAGAACAACUUGUUCAAGAUCAAGGAGACCGAGCCGUUGAGUGCUCUGGUGAAAGAGAAACCCUCGUUUUUGCACUACUGCUGUCGGAGUUGCACUCCAGCUUCCAGAGAUUCGUUGGUAAAUAGUAUUAUCAAGCAGCACAUGCCUUUCGGCCUAAACAUACUAGUAGUCAAUCCAGGUCCCGCGCUAUUUUCAAAAGUGUUCAGUUGCAUCUCGCAUGUUUGGAGCCGUAAAGUGUACGAUUACGCGAAAAUUACUCAAAUGGUCCUGAACGACGAGAGAUUAGAAGAAGCGGUCAAAAUGACCGCUUGGGAAACAGUGGCAGACGAGGGCUGCAGCGAAACGAAGGCUCUGACCAAAGCAAAAGAAAGGGCUAAGACAAUCCUACUUGAGAUGGAAAGCAGAAUAAGCAACGUUUUACUUAAAUUGGCUGCUUGGGUUCUGUAUAAAUUGUUGCCGUGUUUUAUACAGUCCGCAGUAGUAUUACCGUCGCAGAUAGAGAUGCUGAAGAAAGCAAACGAAACUGGCCUUCCUUUGGUAUUUCUUCCGCUGCACCGCAGUCACUUAGAUUACAUUAUGAUCAGCUUCACUCUAUUAAUGAACGAAGUUAGAUAUCCACUGAUCGCAGCCGGAGAUAAUUUAAAAAUUCCAUUCUUUGGCUGGCUACUACGAGGCUUAGGCGCGUUUUUUAUCAAGCGUAGGAUCGAUCCGGUUUUGGGUCGCAAAGAUGUUCUUUACCGUACUACUCUUCACACAUAUAUCAUGGAGAGCUUGAGAGCAGGCCAUAACAUUGAAUUCUUCAUAGAAGGGGGACGAACAAGAACUGGUAAACCGUGUAUGCCAAAGGGUGGUAUUCUGAGCGUGAUUAUUGACGCAUACAUGGAUGGAACUGUUGAAGACGCGCUGCUAGUACCUGUUACAAUAAACUAUGAACGCCUCGUUGAUGGGAAUUUUGUUAGAGAACAGCUAGGUCAACCAAAGAAAAUGGAAACCUUUUGGUCUACGAUUAGAGCCAUGUGGGAGACUCUAAAGGGCAAUUAUGGAAUCGUUAAAGUCGACUUUUGUCAGCCGUUCUCCCUUAGGGAAAUGUUGAGUGCGUUUCAAGCACAGCAAAAUAAGUUAACCGUUAAUAAAACAUCGCCCACCGAGAAGACUCUAAAGUAUACAAUGUCCAGUUCAUCGUUGUAUGGCACAGACGUUAUUGUGGAGGAGCAUCGUCAAUUAGUAGAUAGUAUUGCGCGUCACGUUGUAUAUGACUGUUCUGUCUCGACUCCUAUCAUGUCCACCAACAUCGUUGCAUUUUUGCUUUUAAAUAAAUUCCGAGAUGGUUGUACUUUGGACAAAUUAGUGGAAGCAUUUGACAUGCUCAGACAAGACUUAGAGUGUCGCAAGAGAGAUAUUGCUUUCUGCGGAGAAAGUCUUGACAUUAUCAACCACGCUAUGGAUAUUUUGGGUCCGGGGUUAGUGCAGCAGCAAAGGCAAGAAAUUACAGAGGUGAUCGAUGGUCAAUUAAUCAAAUCAGGCUUCGUUACCGCAAUCCGUCCUGUCUCGAUAUUACCAAAUGUGAUCGAAUUGUCUUAUUACAGCAAUACGAUGCUUACGUGUUACGUUAUGGAUAGUAUAGUAGUAUCAGCUUUGUAUGCUGAAUUGCAGUCACAGAUCAACGAUCCAGAAGCUAUUGCUCGAAACAAUAUCACAGUAUCUCAAGAUCUCCUCAUUCAAAGAUCACUUAAACUAUGCGAUAUCCUUAAAUACGAGUUUAUAUUUUGCAAACCAUGCCAGGAUUUAGAACACGUCGUUGUUGAGGCAAUAGAGAAUCUCUCGUAUACCGAUAUCAUUAUGUUACAAGAGCAAGGUUGCUUAGAUGAAGAGUCAUGGAGCAGAAGAUUCGCAUCAAAGUUUGACGACAGUUCGGACGAGGAACAUAUGAGCAGCAAUAGGACUAAAAGUAUUCAAUAUAAACUAAGUUUAGUACCAGAACACGCAAAACGCAUGGAAUUUCUCCAUACGAUGCUGCGGCCGUUAAUUGAUAUCUACACGUUCAGUGCCUUUACACUUAAGAAAUUAGUAGGACGAUCACUUACCGAAAGAGAUCUAAUCCAGGAAAUCUUAGCAGAAUUGAAAACAAAUUUAGAUCGGGGUAUAUUAAAUUAUGGAGAGAGCUUAUGCGUUGAUCCAAUAAAAAAUUCGUUAAAAUUGUUUGAAAAAUGGAACGUUUUGGAAUGCCACCCGCAAGAGAACAUUAAAAUACUCUAUCUGAAGGAUGAGUAUGACAAAGACUGGGCUGUAACGGAGAUCUAUGAAACAAUAGCAGCGUUCAAAUGGACUCGAAAUGUAAAUUAAAAAAAGACAUUACCAAGGAAAUAACUUCUGUAAUGUACUAUUCUUUUAUAUGAAACAUCGUUGUAAAACCUUGUAUAUAGUGGUUUCAGAACAUUAAGUAAGAUAUAACUUUAAGAAAACUGUGUUUUCGCUACAUAUUAGAGUAUGUAUAUUAAAAAAUUGACAAGUUUUGUAGAUAAGUCUUGGUAAAUAUUUUUUACAUAGUCAUCAUGUUGUACAGGUAAACUUUAGAUUUCAGUCGUUAAUUCUGAUGCGCGUACAAAAAUUUUAUAUACAUGGUUCAUGUGAUAUUACUAUACAAUCAGCAUUAGAUGAUUAUAGAUUUAUAAUUACUACGUUAAUAAAACUAAUCUUAUAUACUAA